UGACACCGCGAAGAGUCUCUUAUCUCCUCGCAAUUAUCUCAUUCCCUUUAUCUGGUCUUUCUUCCACAGAUCUCUAUGUCGUUAAGUUUAGCUGUACCUUCGAUUCCCAAUUCCUUCUGAUUUCUAUUCCAUUCCUUUGUCCAUGUUGAAAUAUCUUGUCAUGUUUGUGCAUGAUUUUCUAUCCAAAUCAAUUUAAUUAUUCGACCAAUUCUCCCGCCAUCGCGUUCCCGCUUAGUUGGAUUCUGGACGUUGUCUGUUAAAUUACAAUUACAAUUAAACUAAUAGCGAAAGCUCUGGGAGGUAACGGGAAUUGCUUCUCGUCUUCUCGAGGUGAUCGAGGACUAAAUUACUCGUUGAUUGUUGACCGUGAUUAAACGUGAGAAGGCAGUAUGGGUUCUCUACAAGGACCAGUUUUAUGCCCCUCUGUUCGCGCCAAAUUAGCAGGAUUUUGCAGUCUGCCUAUGAUCGGACCAAUAAACCAUAGAUGUCUUAGAAGUGACUUCUGGGGACUCAAGGCACUCGGUGGCGGCAAAGCGAAGGCAGGAAUUCUCUCUUGCCAAAUAAAUGUGCGGAAGUGCAAGACAGUGCAUUGUAGUUUCGGCUCAUCUUCCAAUGGCAAUGGAAGCACGGCAGAAAAUUUUAAUGAAAAUGAUGAAGACUACGUUAAUUCUAGCGUGAUUGAAGCUGUUGAGGUGAAGAGCGGAAUUGAUGGCUUCAUGAUCAAAAUGAGGGAUGGCAGACACUUGAGAUGUGUCCAUAACAAUCCUCAUGGGGGACAUCUACCAGAUUAUGCACCUCAUCCUGCCAUUGUAUUAAAGAUGGAAGAUGGGACUGAUCUACUUCUCCCAAUAAUUGUUUUGGAAAUGCCCAGUGUGUUACUGAUGGCAGCAGUACGCAAUGUUCCAAUAGCUAGACCUACUUUAUAUCAAAUAGUGAAGGAGAUGAUCGACAAGAUGGGUUAUGAAGUUAGACUCGUCAGAGUGACAAAAAGAGUUCAUGAGGCUUAUUUUGCUCAGUUAUAUCUUACCAAGGCUGGAAAUGAGGAAGAAUGUAUGAGCUUCGACCUUCGACCUUCAGAUGCUAUCAAUAUUGCAGUAAGAUGCAAGGUGCCUAUACAAGUCAACAAAUACUUAGCAUACAGUGAUGGGAUGAGAGUAAUUGAAUCUGGCAAACUCUCAACCCCGUCCCCUGGUUCAGACGGCCUUUUAUUUACUGAAUUGGACCGGCCAAGUGGUCAGCCUUGCACCGAAACUGAGGAGUUUGGUCUUUUGCACAAUAUGAUGAAGGCUGUUGUUGAAGAGCGCUACAAAGAUGCUGCUUUGUGGAGGGACAAACUCAAUCAAUUCAGGGCGGCAAAAAACGUGAAAAAAACAUACUGGCUUUGAUUUGUACAUAUUCCUAUACUACAAAGUGGAUGGGAUUCGGUCCAGCAGACAGCAGUCAUAUUUUUACUUACCUCCACUUACGCCUGUGAAUAUUUGUAUAUAUACUGACAUUAAUGCCAAUGUAAACUCAAUUAUGUAUUCUCGUUGCUUGCUUCAAUCCUUACGGGCUGUUAAAUAUGCAUGUAAUGUGAGCUGUCCGUGGGGCGCAGCUUUCUGCUUUUGAUUGUUUCAAUGCCGUGUAAAUUUACGGGCUGUUAGUCAAUUAUUUGGUUCGUAU